AUGUAUAGUGAUGUGUUUGUUCAGUUUGUAUCUGCUAAUUGGGAUCUUGUUGGAAAAUGGGAAUUAUACGAAACACUAUCUGCAUUUUUCAUAUUGGUAAAUCUCCACCUUGAGUAUUUUUCAUUUCUAGAGGAAUGCUUAGUAGUAGAUCAAAACACAUUUCUAACCUUCUUUGGGAAUUCUGAGAAUGCCAACCACGUAGAGUCUUCGGGUUCUGACUCUGAUAAACUUCAAAAUAUUUCGAUUCUUCUGGCUAAGGAUAACGUAGCGUUAACUGUAAAACAGAAAAGGGUUAUUUCUGAACUUAUUUGUCAAGAAAAAAGAGAUAGUAUCAAUCUACCACCCUUGCAGAUUUUUGUAUGUAGAAAUGACAACAAGUAUAGCAUCAUAAUUUGUGAAUGCUGUAUUUUGACAACGAUCAAACUCCUUGAUUUUGUUCCCAGAAGCACGCUCUUGAGAUCGGAUGGUACCUUGACAUUCGUUUCGAAAUAUGAAAAUGUUGAACUUACUGAGGAAUAUAUCAAUAUAUCAAAUAAUGCUAUACUUUCAGGUCUUGAUGAAAAGGUUUAUAUUUGUAUUGAAGAUUUAUCAAUAACUGCGCUGUUUUUUCUCCUUUAUAUUAACCCGUAUCUAUCAGAAAUAUCUACUACUUUGCAACUUUUGAUAACUACUACAAACCGCAGGAAUCUUUUAAAAUGUACAUUAUUUGUAAAUAAUUUACUGAAAUCAUAUCCGAAAGAGGUAGAUCUUUGGGAUAUAAAGUCUUGUGUAGCAUUACGUUGGUUCACUAAAUACAACUAUAGGCUGAAAUUGUGUAAAAUUUCUAAUGGUUUUGCAAAAAUAUUCAAAUGCAGUAAAUCACAAUUGUUCCAUAUUUUUUUAAAGUCCGCCGUUUUUAGGUUUCUUUCCGAUGAAUUGUUAGAAUUGGAAUCUAAGUUUAUUCCAGAAAUAUUAUCAAUUAAACCGUUUAAUAAUCCUUUAUCUAACUAUCUUGAGAAUCUUUAUCGUUCUAUUUGUACCUCUGUAUGUGUAAAAUGCACAUAUAAUUUUGUUGUAAAUCAUAAUCGCCGAUUUCCUGAAAGCAAUAAUUCUGUUAAAAAUUUGAACUUGGUUAACACUAGAACAAAAUACCGAAUUUGUCUUUUAAAAGUUGUAAACUCAUAUUUUAUAAGAUGGUAUUACAAUCUUGUAAGGGAAUACCCCUUUCCGAGUUUGUUCCUUUUAUUACUUGAUAUCUUGAAUAGUGAAAGGCUUUGUAACACUGCUUUAACUCCAAUAUAUCCAGAACAUACAUUAUCGAAUAAUAUGGAAUCAUAUAUGAACGAAAAUAUAAUAGACUUAUUGCGAUUUUGCGAUGACAUGAUUCCGUAUGAUGUUCAAAAUUGUUGGAUUUAUAACAAAUCAAAUGCUCUGUUAACUAUUUUUAAACGUUCAAAAACACAUAAAAGUAUGGGAAUUAAUGAAAAGGCCUAUAUGAUAGAGAAUAUUUGCAAAUUUUCUUUUGUUUUUACUCACCAUCUGUCCACUUGGACAUCAUUUGUUUCUAUUUGUGAAAUUAUCUCAUAUCAGGGCAAUUUGUUACCAAAAAAAGGAUUAAUUAGGAGAAAUUCUCGAAGAUUCUCAAAAUUGGAACGAAGUAAAGAUAGUUGUGAUCUUAGAGAUAUAAAUUAUUGGAAAUCUGAGGCUGCCUUCAUAAAGAAUGCCAUAGAAAAAUAUAAACUUUCUGGAAAAAUGAAAAAAAACACUGAACUUUCAUAUGGAGAAGAUAUCAAUAACUACAUUUGGUGCAGAAAGAGCAAAUACAAUAAAAUUUUCUACGCGAAAUUAAUGCUCAAACAUUUUACUAUCGCUCAAAUAGACCGAAUACUACAAGCCUAUCGUCAGCUCUUUCUAAUACUAUCAGCAGUAUACAGGGAGUUAGUUGUAGUUUAUAACAUUUAUAAUCUGUCUUUACUAUCUCCUCUGGAACCCUUAACAAAAACGUUGUUAACGUUAUACAAAUAUGUAAAGUUAACUAGCUCCACAAAAAAUCCCCGCUCAAUAGUUAACUUAUUAGAAAAGAUGGAAAAAUCCAAAAGAACACUUGGGUACAAGUGUUUUACACUUACUACUCCUACCAAAUAUGGAUUAGAUGUAAUUUAUUGCGACAUUGAUUGGAAAGAUCUUGCUACAAUUUCAAUGAUACUUUUAUCAUCACCGUGUAGGUUUUAUUUGGAAUGGGAUAUAUCAUCCCAUUCUAUGCUUGAUGUAAUUUAUCAACAACUUUUAAAAUUGGUUAAGCGAUAA